AUGGCACGCACAAUAGCGAGCCGUACGUACGGCAAGACGUCGACCAAGUCAAAGGCGCGGCGCCUGUUCGGCGAGCUGCCGCAGAGUCCAGUUCGAAAGCCGCAGACGACGGUAGCAGUGGCGGUGGACUCGGAUGACGAUGACUCGAUCAUCAGGAUCUCCGAGAAGCUUGACGCAGUCGCGCUUGGAGCUGAAUACGACUCUUCAGAAGAUGAGUUGUCGAGAGACUUUGGCUCCAUCGUGGUGAAAUCACCGCCAAAGCCAAAGAAGCCCGUCUCGCCAAGGAGACAGGUGCUAUCCCCAAAGAAGCAAGUCCAGGAAUCACCAGCACCAGUCAAGACCACAACCCCAAGGUCCAAGUCCAAGUCCUCCAAGGCUACAAAAGCUGAAAAGCCGGCAUCACCAGAGCCCCAAGAAGAGCCUAAGCCCGGCUACCGCAUCCUCACAUGGGACGAGGUCUGCCCGCCGGGAGACACGAUUGAGAAGAUCGCCGAGGCCUCUUAUGCCGAGGUCUACCGCGUCAGAAAUGAGCGCGGCACCAGCAUCAUCAAGUGCAUCCGUCUCGAGUCGCCCAUCAAGCCACAGACCAAAGCACAGGAGCGCUCUGGUCUUGUCGACGAGGAGCCGCAUUCCGAGGACGACAUGCGUGGCGAGCUACAGAUAUCUGAGUGGCUUGCCGACAUCCCGGGCUUCGUCGUGUACAAGGAGCGCUACAUCGUGCAGGGCAAGGCGCCAAAGUGUCUGCUGGAGACGCAUCAGGCCUUUCAUCGAAAGAUGAAGCGGAAGGACCCGGACAGGCUGCAGUUCUACCCGAGCCCGAGCCGGUAUCUUGCCGACACGAAGUUCCUCGUCGUUGAGCUGGGCGAUGCAGGCACGGCACUGGAGGACUUUGAGCUCGUGAACCAAAGUCAGCUGUGGGACAUCUUCUUCCUCGUUGCUAUUGCCUUGGCGAGGGCAGAAGAAUUCAACUGUUUUGAGCAUCGCGAUCUUCACGAGGGCAAUCUCUGCAUACGGCGGACAGACGAGCCUCAAGCCCGUGGUAACAGCAAGACAGCGCCCCAUUUUGGAUACUCGGGGCUCGACAUCACUAUUCUCGACUACGGUCUCUCCCGGGCCGAGGACCUGGACAUCGACGACGAGCCCAUCGCGCUGGACCUCGAGAAGGAACUCGGCAUCUUCACCAGCACCCACGCACCGCAGUGUAAGGUCUACCGCCAGAUGCGGUCUUUCCUGAUCAAGGGAGAGCGCGGGUGUCUCCCGCCAACAGCGCACAACUCGCCAUACCCCAAGGCAGCGGACGGGCAGCCCCUGUCCUGGGAUGUCUACGUGCCGUACACGAACGUGCUGUGGUUGGCGUAUCUGUAUCAGUACAUGAUCAAGGGCUUCAAGGGCGAGAAGAAGGAUGCGGCAGAGUUCAAGAAGGCCACCAAAGAGCUCUGGAAGUACCUGGAUCCCGAGGCCAAGGCCGGCACCCCGUCCUUUGGAUGUGCCGCGGAGGUCGUCAGGUUUGCUGUCGAGGCCGGGUGGAUAGGAGAAGAGCAGCUGUCGGGAGACACGGAGGAGAGAGAGGAGAGCAUCAUCCUAUCUCGGGAAGAGGUGGAAGACCUCAAGAGGUCUCCGAGGAAGAGGGUGCGGUGA